CAUGUUCAGAUUCUUUCUUAAACUGAGAAUAAAGAAACCGCAACACUCAUCCCUCUCUCUGUCUUUUUCUCCCUUCCCGCAAUUAAAUUCUCUCAUUUUCCUGAAAAAUAUCUAGAAAGAAACUCACCAGAGAUGGCUUCACUCACUUCUAUCGCCACCCCUUAUCGCAGCUCAAGUUAUCCAUCUUCUUCGCAGGCUUUACGUGUCAAACUCACCGGAAACACUCUGUUCUCAGCUGGAGUUAGAUCCUCUGCGACUUCAUCAUCGCUUCUGACUAUUCGAAGCGCUGCAACGAAACCUGACAAACCAGCAGCUGAAGUCGAUUGGAGACAGAAGAGAGAGCUUCUACUUGAGAAAAGGGUGAGAGGUGUGGACGUGAAGGAAGCUCUAAGGUUACAGAAAGAGAACAACUUUGUGAUUCUUGAUGUUAGACCAGAGGCUGAGUACAAGGAGGGUCAUCCUCCUGGAGCUAUCAACGUGGAGAUGUACAGACUGAUAAGGGAAUGGACGCCAUGGGACAUAGCUCGCCGUCUUGGCUUUGCAUUCUUCGGUAUCUUCUCUGGCACAGAAGAGAAUCCUGAGUUUAUUCAAAGUGUAGAAGCUAAACUUGACAAAGAGGCAAAGAUAAUAGUAGCUUGUUCAUCCGCAGGGACUAUGAAGCCGACUCAGAAUCUCCCUGAAGGCCAACAAUCGAGGUCUCUCAUAGCAGCUUAUGUUCUGGUCCUGAACGGCUAUAAGAAUGUAUUUCACCUUGAAGGUGGAAUCUACACAUGGAGCAAGGAAGGCCUUCCUAUUGAAUCUGAAGAAGACUAACAGAAAGAGUUGUCCAGUUUUGUAUCUCUGUCGAAUUCAGGUAGUUUCUUUUAGAGAUUUGGCUUUUCAUAAUGUGUGUUUAAAGUUUGUAAAACUUCAGACAUUACCAAUGAAAGCAAACCAGAAUCCAGACAACUUGACCAAUGAGCAAACUAUUCAUUCUAA